AUGAACGUGCUUGAUGGCGGUUGUUUUGUCGCGUUGUGCGACUCGUUAGUCGCCGUGGACUUGCGCUUAGUAGAAGACGUUACGUGUAGGGAUCUUCUAGCGAGGUCCAAUCCGGAGCACGACGCACAGCGCUUGAAUGCUUGUGUGAUCACGCCUACCACUGCCGGCUUAUGGUAUGUGUACGCAUUGACAGAGUCGUCGGGAUGCGACAUAGACGAAACGCGUGUUGCCGCGUUGGUGUGCAUUUCUGCUAGCGUGUUAGACCCGGCACUGGUUUCAACGAGCUACCUUCUGGAGCUUCCGUGGAAGGAGCUUCGCGGCGACGAGUCCCAGUGGUACUCCAAUAAAUUGCAAGUUGAGUGCGGUACAGUUGGUUUUCUCUGCAUGGAGAGUAUCCGGAGGUGCGCCAAGGCCCACGGUCUCACUGCGGAGAGCAACGAGGCAUUUUGCAAGUACAUUCGCAACUGGGCCAACGCCAUGUGCCAGGCUACUACUACGUCUAGCAAGAUAUGCUUAUCCAAUAUGCCUAAUGGACCUAUAGGUGCGGUGUCGUCUGUUGGUAUAUGUGACAACGGGACGUACUACUGCUCUGUGCUCAGGGAUGACGUUACUGGGGAGGUGUCUGGGAUUAAGGUGAUGUUUCCAUCCGCUGAGUGA